AUUCUAUUCUUCUUCUCUACUCACUUCUCUGCACACGCUUCAGGCUCUCUUCAAAUAAACGCUGAGUUUUUUCACACACAAACAUAAGUUUCUUGAGAACCCAUGUUGUCACUCAGUGGGACCUCCAUUCUUGCUUCUACUUUCACUCCCCCUGAUUUUGGAAGUUUUUGAGUCUAGUAGUCUGCACACUGGAACGUGUAUUUGAAGAGGAAAUCAGAUUCACAAUACAGAAGUACAUGCAAUGGAAAAAUAUGAAAUACUUGAGCAGAUUGGCAAAGGGUCGUUCGCAUCUGCUCUACUUGUGAGGCAUAGACAAGAGAACAAAAAGUAUGUGCUCAAGAAAAUUCGCCUUGCUCGCCAAACAGUUAGGACACGCAGAUCUGCACUCCAGGAGAUGGAACUUAUUUCAAAAGUGCAACAUCCAUAUAUCGUGGAAUACAAAGACUCCUGGGUGGAAAAGAAUUGCUUUGUUUGCAUUGUUAUAGCAUACUGUGAAGGAGGAGACAUGGCGGAUGCUAUUAAAAGAACAAAUGGUGUUUAUUUCACUGAAGAGAAACUCUGCAAGUGGCUUAUUCAGCUUCUUAUGGCACUCGAUUACUUGCACAGGAAUCACAUCCUUCAUCGUGAUGUCAAGUGUUCAAAUAUUUUUCUGAAGAAAAAUCAAGACAUUCGCUUAGGUGAUUUUGGCCUUGCUAAGAUGUUGACUUCUGAUGACCUUGCAUGCUCUGUUGUGGGAACUCCUAGUUACAUGUGCCCUGAACUUCUUGCUGAUAUACCUUAUGGUUCAAAGUCAGAUAUCUGGUCUCUUGGAUGUUGCAUGUAUGAAAUGGCUGCCCAUAAACCUGCCUUCAAAGCUUUUGAUAUGCAAUCUCUGAUCAACAAGAUAAACAAGUCUAUAGUAGCUCCACUGCCGGUCAUGUAUUCUGGUGCAUUUCGAGGACUUGUCAAGAGCAUGCUGAGGAAAAACCCGGAACUUAGACCAAGUGCUGCAGACUUGCUCAGCCUCCCAUAUCUCCAGCCCUAUGUCUUCAACAUGCAUCUAAAUUCAAACAGUCCUAGAAGGCAUACUUUCCCCGCUCAGCAAUUUGUUACCAGUUAUAUAAAGCAAACAAGAUAUGCUGAGCCUGAAGUUGUGACCAUGGGUUCUGAUAAACAGAAAAGGCAAUCAUUUGCAAAUGAUAGGGCUUUAAAUCCUGGUGUAUCUGAGUUGGAGCUGGAUUCCUUGUGUUAUUCUGAAGUUGCGGGUGAUUCUCGAAGAUUUAAUAGAAAAUUGUCCAUUGGCAGUAGAGGUGAAGAGAACAUUAUGGACAAGACAGUUGGUACAAAGUCAUUAAGUUCUGUCAAAUCCCCAAUUUUUACACCAGCAAAAGCUUCUACUACUCCAAGAAGACAGACUACUCCCAAGAUAUAUACGACCAUCAGGUCAACUACAGACCGUGAUUUGCGCCAAAAGUGGCAUACGCCAUCUAGUAAACCUAUGCAAUCAACUCGCAGAGCAUCUCUUCCAUUGCCAGCAAAAAACACAUUAAAAACACCUUACAAAGCCAGCACCGGACUCCUACAUGAUGUAGCAUCUCCUGAUGUGUCAGUCAAUGCUCCAAGAAUGGCCAAGAUGACAGAAUUCCCGUUGGACUCCUCUAAAGACCUUUCCUUCCCCGUUCCAAAAACUUCAUCAACAUCAGCUCAGUGUUCUACAUCACCAAGCUGUGACAAUAAUUCAAUCACAAAGGACAAAUGCACAGUCCAUGUUCUUGACAAAAGUCGCAGAACAGUCACUAGAUCAUACAUACCAAGUGUUGACUUUACAGCUCUGAGAACAAGAAGUGAGUGCUCGGAGAACAAACCAACAACUUUCAUCUCAAGCCAGCCAUCUUCAGAAUCAGGUUCCCAGCAACACAGGUUCGACACUUCGUCGUACCAGCAACGAGCAGAGGCCCUUGAAGGGCUGCUCGAGUUCAGUGCAAAGCUCAUGCAGCAGAAUCGGUUUCAAGAGCUGUCUGUGCUGUUAAAGCCAUUUGGGCCUGAGAAGGUUUCUCCUAGAGAAACUGCUAUAUGGUUGACAAAGAGCUUCAAGGAGACUGUUGUGUAGCAACAAAUCUCUAAAACCAUCUCAUAAUUAACGGUUGUACAAUUUAUAAUUUACAAUUUACUAGUUUAUCAUCCUCAAGCAUGUUAGUUGUUAAGUGAAGAUUUAUGUUGAGGAUUGGUAUCUCACCUCUCCUUUAAGAAUGAUAGCAGAGGAGACUAGGUGCAUAUAUGUGUUACUAGUCUCAACUUAAUGUAUGUUUCUUUUAAA